AUGUAUCGCAUACCAAAGGGCAUGGAAAUUGACUACUUAAAGUAUUGGUUUGGAAACUGUCUGGCUGAUGCACUGUCAGAGGUGUUAGAUAAUCAGCCGAAUGACCCAAUUGAAUACGUAGCGCUGUGGCUUCUCCGCUACAGAUAUUCAAUGAAGGGUAAUGAAGAAAACAGCCACUUUUCCAUGCGAGAGGAAGACAAGAAGAGCAAAGGGAACAGCAUGGAAGCCCAAGGGGCCAAAACGUGGACGCGAGGAGACCACACUCAAGAGAACCAGCAAGAAGAUCAGAUUCGAGAGAGAGUUGGAGAGUGUCCCAAGGCACAGAUUUCCACCACGGAAGUUCCAAAGAGGACCGUAUCCAUUCAAGCAAGUUCAGACCCAAGGGAGGAAUCCUUGGAGGUGGAAUCCCCACUGGGUUACUCCAUGACUAUCGUGAAAAAGCACUAA